AUGUCGAGGCGCAAGCAGGCGAAGCCCCAGCACAUCAACUCGGAGGAGGGCCAGGGCGAGCAGCCGCUGCUGCAGCAGCCGAGCCCCAACCUCGCAGAAGCGCCGGCGGCGGAGGAACCGGGUGAGCUGGGUGCUCCAGUGAACUCCCCAGGAAAUGGCAAUGAGGUGAUGAUGGAGGACACGGCCCUGGUGAAGCGCCCCCGGCGGGAGGAGACCCACAUCUGCGACAAGUGUUGUGCUGAGUUCUUCAGUUUCUCUGAGUUCCUGGAACACAAGAAAAGUUGCACUAAAAAUCCUCCUGUCCUCAUCAUGAAUGACAGUGAGGGGCCAGUGCCUUCAGAUGACUUCCCCAGAGGUGUCCUGAGCCACCAGCCAGACAGCCCAAGUAAUAAGGACAGUCACCAAGACAACAGCAGCAACUCUGGGGACUCAAAGGAAAAGCUGGGCACGGACUCCAUCCUGUACUUAAAGACAGAGAAUGCCCUGCCACCUACACCCCAGGACAUAAGCUAUUUACCUAAAGGCAAAGUGGCCAACACCAACGUGACUCUGCAGGCGCUCCGUGGUACCAAGGUGGCAGUGAACCAGCGGAGUGUGGAUGCCCCCGCAGCACCCGUACCAGCUGCCCACAGCAUCCCGUGGGUCCUGGAGCAGAUCCUUUGUCUGCAGCAGCAGCAGCUCCAGCAGAUCCAACUUACAGAACAAAUCCGUGUCCAGGUGAACAUGUGGGCCGCACAUGCCCUCCACUCCGGAGUGGCCGGUGCGGACACUCUGAAGGCCUUAAGCAACCAUGUGUCUCAGCAGGUGUCCGUAUCCCAGCAGGUGUCUGCCGCUGUGGCUCUGCUCAGCCAGAAAUCCUCAAACCCGGCCCUGUCUCUAGAUGCCUUGAAACCAGCCAAACUACCUCAUGCCAGUGUCCCCUCUGCAGCCAGCUCCUUGUCCUCAGGGUUUCCGCCCUUCGCCUUGAAGCCUGAUGGAGGAACUCGGGUUCUCCCCAACUUCAUGUCUCGCCUUCCAAGUGCCCUGCUACCUCAGUCCCCGGGCUCUGUGCUUCUUCAGAGCCCCUUCUCCACUGUGGCACUCGACCCGUCCAAGAAAGGAAAGGGGAAGCCCCCAAACAUCUCUGCAUCGGCGUUGGAUGCCAAGGCCAAGGACGAAGCCAUCCUCGGCAAACACAAGUGUAAGUACUGUAGCAAGGUUUUCGGGACCGAUAGCUCCCUGCAGAUCCACCUCCGCUCCCACACCGGAGAGAGACCUUACGUGUGCUCUGUCUGUGGUCACCGAUUCACCACCAAGGGCAACCUCAAGGUACACUUCCAUCGACACCCUCAGGUGAAGGCAAACCCGCAGCUGUUUGCUGAAUUCCAGGACAAAGUGACACCAGGCACCGGCUCCCCCUAUGCACUCUCUGUCCCCAUCCCUGUAGAUGAAUCGAGUCUCUCUGUAGACACCGAGCCUGUCCAUGUCUUGGGAACCCCUCCCAUAGGGCUACCUCAGAAGCUCCCUCAGGGGCCCAAUCCCAAGGACCUCAUGGGUGGCUCCUUGCCCAAUGACAUGCAGCCAGGGCCUUCUGCAGAAAGUGAGGUGGGACUUCCACUACUUGGGGUGGGACUGGUGCACACUCCCCCAAGGGUUGGGGGCUUCCAGGGGAGUGGGACCCCGGAGUCAGGAUCAGAGACUCUGAAAUUGCAGCAACUCGUGGAGAACAUUGACAAGGCCACUACUGACCCCAAUGAAUGUCUCAUUUGUCACCGGGUACUCAGCUGUCAGAGUUCCCUCAAGAUGCAUUACCGGACCCACACAGGGGAGAGACCCUUCCAGUGUAAGGUCUGUGGCCGGGCCUUCUCCACCAAAGGCAAUCUGAAGACACACCUUGGGGUUCACCGAACCAACAACACCGCCGUGAAGACACAACAUUCGUGCCCCAUCUGCCAGAAGAAGUUCACCAACGCCGUCCUCUUACAGCAGCACAUCCGCAUGCACAUGGGUGGCCAGAUCCCUAACACGCCCCUGCCAGAAAGCCCCUGUGACUUUACCAGUCCCGAGCCCAUGGUCAUGGGCGAGAAUGGCAAUACCAGUGCUCUCGGCCAGGAAGACACGGUGGAAAGGAUUGAAGCAGAUGGCGUCUGUUCCCAGGAUGUCCCCGGUGGCUCCGCCAAGGUCUCCGCAUCAGUUCCCAGUGCCCACCUGGUGUCACCCAUUCUGGGCUUUUCUGUGAUGGCUUCCCUGGAUAAUCAGGGGAAAGGGGCUCCUUCCCCUCUGGUCCUGCAGCGACAGAGCAGCCGAGAAAACGGCCCGGUGGAGAGUGACAGCUGCCUGGCCAAUGACUCGUCCUCACUUGUGGGUGAGCAGGAAUGUCAGAGCAGAAGCCCAGAGGCUGCGGAAACCAUGUGCUUCCAGGCGGUGUCCCCUGCCAAUAGCCAAGCAGAAAGCGUCAAGUCCCGGUCUCCUGAGGUGAACAAGACCGAUGGCAUCGAGAGCUGCCGCAUUGACACGGAAGGUCGCACCAGCAUCCCAUCAACGUUUCUCCGAGCCCAGCCCACCUAUGUCAAAGUUGAAGUUCCUGGUACCUUUGUGGGAUCCUCCAGCAUGUCCUCAGGCAUGGCACCUUUGCUCGCAGCACAGCCACGCCGACAGGCCAAGCAACACUGCUGCACACGCUGUGGAAAGAACUUCUCAUCUGCCAGCGCCCUUCAGAUCCACGAGCGGACACACACAGGUGAAAAACCCUUCGUCUGCAACAUCUGUGGGAGAGCCUUCACCACUAAAGGCAACCUGAAGGUACACUACAUGACACAUGGGGCCAACAAUAACUCUGCCCGCCGGGGCAGGAAGCUGGCCAUAGAGAACAGCAUGGCUGUGCUAGGCUCCGAGGGAAAGAGAGUGCCCGAGAUGUUCCCUAAGGAACUCCUUCCCCCAGCGGCGGUGAGUGUGGACCCCACCACGUGGAACCAGUAUACCAGCGUCCUCAAUGGGGGCCUGGCCAUGAAGACCAAUGAGAUCUCUGUGAUCCAGAGCGGAGGCAUCCCCACCCUGCCCGUGUCCCUGGGGGCCAGCUCUGUGGUGAGCAAUGCCACGCUUUCUAAGCUCGAUGGCUCUCAGUCUGCUGUGGGCGGGAACGUGGAGAAGCCUGCUGUUCCUGAUGGUGUGGCCAAACACCAGUUUCCCCAUUUUCUGGAAGAAAACAAGAUCGCAGUCAGCUAA